ACGUUCCUUGUGUCCGUAAAUAAACCCAACAUCAGCGUCAUUUGAUUAACCUCGUUCUAAUCUCAUUUUUCUGCACCCCGCCACCUCGCUGCAACCACCUUCCCCACCUGCAUUUCCUUCAUCUCUCUCUCUCUCUCUCUCUCUCUCUCUCUCUACAUGAUAUUUAUAUAUUUAUAAUGCAUACAUAAUAUACGUCGAAGAUUUACUUGUGUCUUUGGUGGAUCUGUGAGAGGUUUUUUUUGCCAAAAGAGUGAUGGGAAACGCCAACGGUAGAGAAGAAGGAGGCGAUGAUAUUGGGAGGGACGAUGAUGAUUCGUUGUCAGGAAGAAGAUCCAACGGUGAAUCGGAGGUCGCUUACAACCACGCGCCCAACUCGCAUCCUCCUGGGCGCCUGGCAUCAUCGGAUUCAAUGGGCAACAACACCCCUCCUCAGAGCCCCGGACGCUCGCGAUCCCCCAUCCUGUUCGCUCCUCAGGUUCCUCUAGCUCCCUUGCAGAGGGCUGAUGGCCCUCCCUUGUUCAAUAAUAUCCGGCAGAGUGAGUCUCAGGGAACUGUUGAUCAUCCUCCCGAGCCAGGAAUCCCUACUAUGAUUAUAUGGAACUGUGGUGGUAACAAUGUGGCUGUGGAGGGAUCUUGGGACAACUGGACAACUAGGAAGAUACUGCAGAGAUCUGGUAAAGACCACUCGAUUCUUAUGGUCCUGCCAUCAGGUAUAUACCAUUACAAGUUCAUUGUUGAUGGUGAAUGGAGAUAUAUCCCUGAUCUUCCUUACGUAGCUGGCGAAAUGGGCCAUGUUUGUAAUCUUCUCGAUGUUCAUGAUUAUGUGCCCGAAAACUUUGAGAGCGUUGCUGAGUUUGAGGCUCCACCAUCACCAGACUACAGCUACACUCAGGCUUUACCGGCGGAGGAGGAUUUUGCAAAAGAGCCAUUGGCUGUUCCACCCCAGCUGCAUCUAACUGUCCUAGGUAUGGAGAACUCCGAUGAGGCCUCUUCUUCCAAGCCGCAGCAUGUUGUGCUCAACCACCUCUUCAUGGAGAAAGGAUGGGCCUCCCAGUCUGUGGUUGCCUUGGGGCUAACCCAUAGGUUCCAGUCCAAAUAUGUAACAGUUGUCCUCUACAAACCACUCAAAAGGUAAAACUGCCACUUUUUCAAGCUCGACUCUGUAAAGGAAAAGAUCAAAAAUGCUUUUGCUGUUAAUUAUGAAGGUAUGUCUGUUUAUAGAACA